AUGAAAUACUAUGUUGAGAGGCAUCCAUGGGUUCCUAGACGCAAGACUCCGGAAUCAAAGGAGGAACGAAAGCUGAUCGAAAUCAACGGCUGUUCUUUGCAUGUGCAGCAGAACCUCUAUGAUUUUCUUCAAGACUUUCGUUCCGCUACGUUCGAAUCGUCACGUGGAUCAGCAUCCCAAGAUGACGAGGAUGAACACUCCCUCAAGUCCCCACCGAUAUGGAUUGAUGCCAUUUGUAUCAACCAGGACGACCUACAAGAAAGGGCCUCCCAAGUACUGUGGAUGGGUCGUAUAUUCAGAUCUGCGUCUAGGGUGCUCGCCUGGCUGGGACCGCCUGACAGUUUCACCGAUGAUGCAAUCCACGGGCUGGACACACUUUUCCACUCCGAUCUUGGCCUAGACCCAGGAAAUGUGACCAUAGAGUCAUUUCCCGGUAUCGACCUUAUUCACUGGGUUGCUAUUUUUGCCUUCUUCCAACCCUCCUGGUUUCGGCGGGCAUGGGUGACGCAAGAAGUUGCUUUUGGGAGAGAACGGCUAGCCAUCAUCCACGGCGGUUACAUGAGAACAUGGCACUGGCUCACUAUCGUGUGUGUAACGCUGGAGAGUUCUGGACUUCGUUCCAAGAUAUCGAAAUUAGGCUACUCUCUCCUGACCGGCGCACCGCUGUCCGAUGGCAAUCGACGACUUCGAGUACUGGUCCAGUAUCAUGACGAUCUGCGUGCCAUUCCUCUUCCGAACACUGCAGAAUGUCUCGACGAAGGUCAAGAUGGUGUAGCCUUCAUUUCCUCAGUCCGGGCCGUUUUAUGGCGUCUCAGGGAGAACGGCAAUGAUUUACUUGCUGCCUUCCCUCCGCUUCUACGCGUUCUGCAGCUCUUCCGAGGAACACAAGCCACUGAUCCACGAGACAAAGUCUUUGCAUUUCUCAAUCUCGCCUUGGAUAAACGUGAGUUGGGUUUGGUGCCUGAUUAUCACGCCAGCGUACAGUCGGUCUUCAGAAACACCACCGAGAUGAUCAUGAAGACGACAAAGUCACUUUCCAUUCUAUCCCAUGUCCAAGAACCUGGUGACACUCGGAUUGAACAUCUUCCCGGAUGGGUACCCGACUUUAGCGCAUGGCUUCGUUAUACACCACUAGACACGGGAGACGACGAUGUUGUUUAUUGUGCGUCCGGACCCGGCACUGCGGCUUGUUUUGAAGUCCUCGAUGACGGCACGCUACGGAUUCAAUCAAUCAGGGUAGAUGAAGUCAUUACCUGCCUGAGAUUGGAUGGCGACUUUGAUGAUAGAGUUCAUUCAGUUUUGAAAGCGGUUCUCAGAGUACCCCAUUGGUAUCCAGUUGACAAUUUUAAGACCGAGCUUGAGAACUUUAAUGACGACACCUGGUGGAAUUUUCCAACUGAAGAAAUAAAGUGGACCAGCGAUAGUGAAACCAAGGACAAGAUAUUAGAUGAGCAUGACGAAACCGAUGAGGAUAUCAAGAUGUGUCCUAGAAGCAACUUUACCGACGAGGAUGGCUUCGAUGCCAGUCAAGUGAUCCUUCAGCAGUCAGAAGAAGCAACAGAGGACCUGCUUGGCCAUGGUGACGGUCUUACAUCACUUGAGCAUGACGAGAUGGCCAAUGAGGCUUGUCAAAAAGAGAGCAAUGUUGAUCUGCAAAGGUCAGGGGAUCCUCUUCCCUUCAGUAACGCGUUGGCCAUAGCAAGCAACCCUAGUUCAGACAACAGCUCGGGUCCCAGGCCUCCAGAGCCGAGCCGAGCUAGCCCUGAUAUCCCGAACUCUUCAGUACGACAAAACACUGGGGCAAUAACCAGAAUCGAAGCUCUCUGGCGUUCUCUAGUAGGAGACGCGCUCCCACACUCGGGUUUUGGUUUCCGCGUCGGAUCCGGGAGCACGACCUAUCCUGCACCGGAGUCCUUAGGCCGUGGUUUCUCGAACUGGAUACUGGCUGGGCUGCUUGAAAUGUUCUAUUCAUUACGUGAUUUGUCCAGCUGGACAGACGACAAGGAAAACCCCAUCACCGAGGCUGCCGUACAGCGGCUGUUUGGCACGCUCGCUGUUUGGGGCGCACUAUACGAGGAGGUGCACAUCCCCUUGGUGAGAGAUACCCUCAAUUUUAAUCUCAAAGUGCCAGAUAUCUCACAGAUGGCAGAGAUGGAGAGGGAGGAGGCGGAAGGGGCUACAGAUCGGACCAGAUGA